CGACAAGUGACGUUUUCAUUCGUACACGUGCGCAGAAGUUAAUUAAUGGAUUAAGCGUGAUGAGAAUUGAAGACAAGACAUUCUAAUGUGUUAUAACAAAAAUUAAAUUUAUGUAAUAUGUACAAAUAGAAAAAAGAAUUGUCAUACAUUGAAACGUUUGUUAUAUCGAUUAUAACUGAGAUUAAUUAAGAUUCAUGAACGCAAGGUAGAAUUUUCGAAAGAAAUUAGGAUCGUAAACAAUAGGAAAAUGAGUUCUGGCGAGUAUAAAGGUAGUGAAAAUGAGGAUAUCGAAAACUCGGAUGAAAGUGAUAGACCAUCAGGCGAGAGAUGGGCACCCGUUGGUGCAAAUGACGGUGAUAAUGAUUUUGCUGAUGAAUAUAAAUAUAUCGAUAAUAUGGAAAAUUUACCAUAUGAUAUGGAAAGGCUAAAAGUGCUUGAAGAAGAGCAAGAAAUGCUUAAUUCAUCUCUUAUAGCACUGACUACUCACUUUGCCCAGGUUCAAUUUCGUUUAAGACAAAUUGUAGAUGCACCAGCAAAUGAAAAAGAAACAUUGCUCAAAGAAUUAGAAGAAUUUGCUUUUAGGGGAAUACCAGAUGUUCCAAAUAAUUUAUCACUUGAUAGCAGAUCAAUUACCCCAACUUCUCCAAUGUCUUGCAAACAAAGUAUAUCUGGAGUAAUAAAUGAUAUUGAUGUUGAAUCUAAAAUGGCAUUACAAAGAACAAAACAAAAAGAAUUAAUAUGUCAAUUAAAAUCUCAAUUAGAAGAUCUAGAAAAGUAUGCCUAUGAAACUGGUGAUGCAGAUUUACCACAAAGUAUGAUAUUAGAGAGACAGAAUAUCAUAAUAAAUCAUUUAAAAGAAAAAUUAAAUUUCAAUGUUGAUGAUCUUUGUAAAUUACCAGUUGAUGAUUUAAGAUGGCAAGUAGAUUAUGCAAUAAGCCAGAUUGUUAGUCCUUUGAAAAUGAAAGAGCAAUUAGUAUCACAAUUAAAAACACAAAUUGCAGAUUUAGAACGUUUUAUAAAUUAUCUUCAAGGAGAAGUUAGUACAGAAACUUUAGCAUGUACCUGUGCAUGUCCAGUACAUACAAAUUCUGCUGGUUCUACUUCCUAUGCUAAAAAAUCAUUUAACAAAAAAACAGAUGAAGAAAAUAGAACAAAAACUCUGAACACUGUUAAGAAAGUUGUAGCUCUGUUACAUAUGUUCCUAGUAUCUCAAUUAGGUUGUGGUAGUGAACGAGUUCGAAGAAACUUUAAGAAAAAUUCUAUACAUAAUUGGCGCGAUUUAAGAACAAGAUUAGAUAUCGCAGUUGAACAUGUUAUAGAGACUAUUGCCGAAGUUGAGCGUCAUCCAGAAGAUGACGAUAUUGCUAAUGAAGAUGAUUACGCUUCGGAUUCAGAUUCUAUGUCUCAUUGCAAUGCCCGAGUAACAUCCGCUGUAAGGAAGCAUUUAGCAACUUCCAUACGUGAUUUAAUACAACAUGGUUUAAUGUCUGAUGCGCGUUCUAAUAGUGUAGUACCAUUUGUUGGAUGUUUUCCUCAAAGAAAUUCUUCUACUUCUAAUUUAAUGCAUGCAUGGGAAUUAAUAUUGAAAUAUUAUGAAAUUAAAAAUGGCCAUCGUUACAAUUCUAGUCCAGCACAGAAAUUAUCUCAAAGUUUUAAUCUCGAUCUAGCAGGUGGAAGAGUUGUUUCUUCUAAACAGAGUUUAUUAACAACAAUUGGAAACAUUAUUGCAUCACACAGUCCAUACAAAAGAAGUUAUGAUUCUCAUUUUAAAGCAUUUAUAUGUGCAUCUCUCAACACUAACAAACUUGUUAUUUGGUUAAAACUUAUCUUACAAUGUCAAUAUCUUCUUGAAAAUCAUUAUACAUCAUGGAGUUAUGUUAUAAAAACAGGUUUCCAAGAUGCGUUUCAUACUCUCGAUCGCCUUACUAGUUACAAAUUUGAUCUACCAGUUGAUUUGGCGGUAAGACAGUUUCAGAAUAUAAAAGAUGCAUUUUGAUCGCGAAAAAUAUUAAAUACUAUAUUUAGGAGAAAAUAUAGGUACUUAUUUUUAGCAAACUAAAAAUGAAAUAUCAGAUUUUUCAAUUAAGUAAAUAACAAACAGUAUAUUUUAACUUUAUGUUAAUAUAUAAAUAAAAUAUGUACUAUUAUGAUAGUAUAUAUUUUUAAAUAAUUUUUAAAUAUUAUUUUGCAAACAUUUUGUUAUUUUUUGAAUAUUUAUUAUUAAACAAUUCUUAUAAUGCAAUAAUGUAAUAACUUAAAAUAUCAGUAUUUUGAUCUCAUAUUUUUAGAAUUUAGUUUUUUUAUUUAAUUACAUUAUUUCGAGAAUAUAAAGUAUCAUGCAAAAAAUAAAAAGUAAUAAUAUGUCGUACGUGAAAGUAUCAAUUAUAAUCUUAUAAUACAUAUAAAGUGCAGAACAGGUAAUAAUAUAACGCUGCCUGACAACAAUAAGGACUGAAAUAUAUGUACAUUAUCUAGUUAUUUUGAACUAUAUUUUUGGAUAUUGCACGUUCUCGAUAAAUUAAUAAAUUUGGAAUAAAAAAUUUUAUUUACACCAUUUAAAAAGUAAUAUUGUAAAUUUAAAUGGGAUUUAUAAAAUUAAUGAACGUGAUUUUUACUGUGAUUAAAUUUAAGAUCUUGAUACUAAAUUUCAUUACAAGAAAAUCAUAUUAAUUUAUAUUAAGAAUUAAUCUAUCAAAAUCCAAAGAAUAAACCAAAGUUGUUUUUAAUACUCCAUAAAUUAAAUAAGUGCAUUUUUUUUAAUUUUUAAUUUUAUGGUAACAUAUCGUUGAAGUAAUAAUUAAAUUUAAUAAUGUUGUAAUUGAUUUAUUAAUGUGUAUAAAUUUUAAUAUUGUGAUAUAUUGCUAAUAUUUUAUCUUUGUUACAUUUUAUAGAAUUUUAUAAUUGAUUUGUAUAUAAACGUUUAGUUAAUCAUGAGAAAAUUUAUUCCUUUUUAUUAUAUAGCUAAAAAUAUAUACGUAUAUCAAAUAUUAUGUACACAGCAGUAAAUUAUUGUUCCUAAUUUUAUGAAUAUUAUUUCAAAAAAGAUAUACAUUUUAUUAAAAUACAUGCAUUAUUUUAAAACAGUAGUUUCCUAAGAUAUCUAUGCGACUAUUGUAUCGCCUAUACAAGAUAUUUCACGUAUAAGGUAGCUAUAAGAAUAUUAAUUGUAUGAUUGUAUUAUAUUAUAUAAAUUUGCUUUUUAUAUACCAUGAUUUGACGUUAGUUUAUUGAAAAAAAUUUGCGGAAAUAUAUUUAUGGAACAAUGUAUUUAUUUUUUUACAAUUUAUUGUCCCAAUAUUCCAUUUUUUUAUAUAAAUAAAGAAAAACUAUAGAAUAUACGAAAUUGGUUGUUUAUUUCUUGUAAAAGUUGUACAUCAGUAAAAGUUUCAUAGCAGUUUUUUCAACAUGUUCGUAGUAUUUCAUUGAUAAUUCCUCGAUAUUCGUAAUAAUAUAAUUCGUAAUAAGGUACAUAAUUUUUAUUAGCUCAGUUAAAUAUGAUUUUUUACAAUAAAGUAAAAUGUAAUCGAUUGCUCUUUGUAAAUGUAUGAAUUUCGUUAAAGAUUUAUAGAGUAUCGAGGAAUCUCUAUGUUUUUACAGAUUAGUUUGUUGUACAUAAAAUUCAGAAUAGAGUUUACUAUCGUUAAUAACACAUUUGAACUCAACGAAGUAUAUAAUACCAGAAAUUUCUUGGUCAUAGAUAAUACGUAUCGUGCACGUAUUAUCGUAAUAUCAUAUUAUCAUGUACAAUUCUACUCAUACAGGAUACAAAUACACAGAUUUAAGAGCACAGGCUUGGUAAAAAUUCUUUUUGUCAUCUUCACAAUAUAAAAGUCGUGUAUAAAAAGAUUUGUGGAAGAGCAUUUGAAUAUUGCAUUCACACUUUUUGUAUAUAGUAAAUCGUAUUUCUAAUGCUCAACCAAAUGAUUUAAUUAAUUUGAAAUCAACUAGAUAAUGACAUUCAUAUUACACAUAUCUAUGUACUUAAGCAUAGGAUACAACAUUCACAAAUAAAUAUGCUCUUCGCAACACAUACAUAUAUAUACAUAUAUAUAUAUAUAUAUAUAUAUAUUGUGAAAAUACUGAUGAGUGAGAUACAUCUAUUGGAAUGCAAAUGCAAUGAUAAAAUACCAAUAAAUAAUUUUAAUAUUAAUGAAAAAAUAUUAAAUUAUAUCACAAGAAAUUGGAAUCAACAUAGAAUACAGAUGAGAAAGAGUUUAAACUAAAUUUUCAUUUUUCAUUUAAUAAUAUUGUAUGCCUAUAAAAUAAAUACUUCAAAUUAAUUCUAUGUUACAAGUAAAACAUUCAUUUAAAUAUAGUUUACAGUACAAUAAUAAUUUACUUUCAAACCUUAUGUAUAACAGUUGCACAGUAUACACUCAUUUAAUGUUUUUUAUUUUUUUACUGUAACAUUCGUCAUAAUAGCUUUUAAUGAUAUUAAUUUUCGUACAUUAAAUAAGCUAUGUUUUUUGAUACAGCAACGAUCUAACAUCUAACAAUUAAUGACAGUUUACAUAUAACUUUGCUAAAUAUAAACCCAUUUCUUUAUAGCCAAAUUGUUCACAUAGUUAUAUAAAUUCAAUAUUAUUUGUCUUAGGCUUUAAUAAAACAUUGUUAUUUUUUUGUUUCAUAUAUAUAUUUAUAUAUAGGAAAGUUUGCCUGUUUUUCAUAACAUAAUGUAUGUCUCUUAAUAUAUUUUUAUUUUGAAAAAAUAAAAAAAGUAUUUUGAAAAAACAUCACUAAUACAUACAAUUAUAUAUGUAUAUAAAUCUUUAUGCACAUACUUAUAAUUAUCAGGUCAACUAGUUCAACUAAAUAUUUUUUUUUCAAUUUUUCAUAAAAAUGCAUUAAAAAAAGA